UCAUUCCACUCACCGGAGGGACCCCACCCCUCCUCCGUUUCCAUGGGGAUGGGUAUCCAGCCCCCCUUCUCUGUUUCCAUGGAGACCCGGACCCUGCCCCUCUUCGCCCAGCUCGUAGCCCCCAGCCUGCCUCGGGGUUUUUCUGUGUAGCCCUGGACUAGGGGUGCUUUCCCGGUCAGGUUUCUCCUGCCAGUCUCUCAGGGGUGCUCGGUUCACACUCCUCGGCCACACUCGCACCUCCUGGUCUUGUUUGUUACGGAAAGUUGGUCUCUGCGUUGCCGCCGAAGGUGCCGGGGCAGCCCACCCGGAGCUCUCGGUAUUCUUAUCUCUCGUCUCAGCUACAGAGAAACGUGCCUUUCUAGGGUUGCGUAAGCAAAGGUUCGGGCUGGUUCCUCUCUGAAUAGAUCCCUUGACCUGUGUCUGGUAACUACCUCGCCUUCUUGUCGCUGUGGCUCGUAAAGGCUCACUUGCUAACCCUGAGCAGAAGAGAAAAUGCAGAACCAGGCUGAAAACCAAGUGAUGUGCUGAUUAUUUUAAAUUCUCCUUUUGUGUCUGCCGAACCCACAUUUGUAGAACCUGUGUGUUUUCGGGUGAAGGAAGAAUCACCAUUCCAGACCAUGAAAGCUUCAAAUUUGAAAGGCCAUUACCGUUCUGUUUCUCACAACUGGGCUGAGCACAACUGAACCAUGGGGGAACACAGUCCAGACGACAAUAUCAUCUUCUUUAAGGGAGAGGAAGAUGACCUAACCCCAGAUGACAAGAUGCUCAGGUUUGUGGAUGACAGCGGACUGGUGCCUUCCUCAUCUGGAACUGUUUAUGAUAGGACCACUGUUCUCAUAGAGCAGGACCCUGGCACUUUGGAGGAUGACGAUGACGACGGACAGUGUGGAGAACACUUGCCUUUUCUAGUGGAAGGUGAAGAGGGCUUCCUAAUAGAUCAGGAAGCAAUGUCCCAGGGUUAUGUACAACACAUUAUCUCACCCGAUCAGAUUCAUUUGACUAUAAAUCCCGGUUCCACGCCCAUGCCAAGAAACAUCGAAGGUGCAACUCUUACUCUGCAGUCGGAAUGUCCAGAAACGAAACGCAAAGAAGUCAAGCGGUACCAGUGCACCUUUGAGGGAUGCCCCCGCACCUACAGCACAGCAGGCAACCUGCGCACCCACCAGAAGACUCACCGCGGAGAGUACACCUUCGUCUGUAACCAGGAGGGCUGUGGCAAGGCCUUCCUCACCUCCUACAGCCUCAGGAUCCACGUGCGAGUGCACACAAAGGAGAAGCCAUUUGAGUGUGACGUGCAGGGCUGUGAGAAGGCGUUCAACACACUGUACAGGUUGAAAGCACAUCAGAGGCUUCACACAGGGAAAACGUUUAACUGUGAAUCUCAAGGCUGCAGCAAGUACUUCACCACACUCAGUGAUCUACGGAAGCACAUUCGAACCCACACAGGAGAAAAGCCAUUUCGGUGUGAUCACGAUGGCUGUGGAAAAGCCUUUGCAGCAAGCCACCACCUUAAGACUCACGUCCGUACGCACACUGGCGAGAGACCCUUCUUCUGCCCCAGUAACGGCUGUGAGAAAACCUUUAGCACUCAGUACAGUCUCAAAAGUCACAUGAAAGGUCACGAUAACAAAGGAACCGUGUACAGUGCACUUCCACAACACAAUGGAUCAGAGGAUACAAAUCACUCACUUUAUCUGAGUGAGUUGGGCCUUCUGUCCACGGAUUCUGAACUGCAAGAAAAUUCCAGUGCAACACAGGACCAGGACCUCAGCACAAUUUCACCAGCAAUCAUCUUUGAAUCAAUGUUCCAGAACUCAGAUGACCCUGCAGUUCAGGAUGACCCUCUGCAGACAGCUGCCUUGAUCGAAAGUUUUAAUGGUGAUGCAGAGUCAGUCAGUGACGUCCCACCACCUGCAGGAAACUCAGCAUCUCUAUCUCUUCCGCUUGUACUGCAGCCUGGCAUCUCUGAGCCACCCCAGCCUUUGCUGCCAGCCUCAGCUCCGUCCGUUCCUCCACCUGCUCCCUCCCUAGGACCUGGUUCCCAGCCGGCUGCAUUUGGCAGCCCCCCUGCUCUUUUGCAACCUCCAGAAGUGCCUGUUCCCCACAGCACACAGUUUGCUGCUAAUCAUCAAGAGUUUCUUCCGCACCCCCAGGCGCCACCCCAGACCAUCGUACCAGGACUUUCUGUUGUUGCUGGGGCUCCUGCAUCAGCCGCAGCAGUGGCAUCAGCUGUGGCAGCACCAGCCCCACCACAAAGUACUACUGAGCCCCUGCCUGCUAUGGUCCGGACUCUGCCCCUGGGUGCCAACUCUGUCCUAACUAAUAAUCCUACCAUAACCAUCACCCCAACUUCCAACACGGCAAUUCUGCAGUCCAGCCUAGUCAUGGGAGAGCAGAACUUACAGUGGAUAUUGAAUGGUGCCACCAGUUCACCACAAAACCAAGAACAAAUUCAAGCAUCGAAAGUCGAGCAGGUGUAUUUCACCACCGCGGUGCCAGUAGCCAGUAGCACAGGGAGCUCUGUCCAGCAGAUCGGCCUCAGUGUUCCUGUGAUCAUCAUCAAGCAAGAGGAGGCCUGUCAGUGUCAGUGUGCCUGCCGGGACUCUGCCAAGGAGCGGGCAGCCGGCCGGAGAAAGGGCUGUUCUUCCCCACCCCCUCCAGAGCUGAGCCCCCAGCCUCCUGAUGGGCCCAACCUGCAGCUGCCACCCUAGACUUCUCCCUCACCCUUGCCCCCCUCAUCCUCCUCUACUGGACCCUCCUCCUGUGAGCAAAGCAGACAGGCUGAGGCUCCUCAGACCCUCCGAAAUGUUAAGUGCCAUGGAUGUGUCAGAGUUCCUGUCCCUCACAGCCUGGACACCCCGUCCAAUCCAGUUCCGAGUGAAGCACUACUGCAGGGUAGAAGAGACGGCCUGGCCAGCAGCUUCUCGGGGGACGAGCCUAUGCACGCCCCUUCAGGAACAGGGUGAGCAGGAAGCAGCGGGUGUGAUGCUGCCAUCAUGGGGUCAGAAAUUGGAAGGAUGAAGAAAUCUGCCAUCUGAAAGCCUCACCUUUCAGACGUAUUUUCUUUACUCAUAUCCCAGGAACAUCCAUUUUAAGGAACUGAUCUUUGGAGGAAAACAAAAAAAGAAAAAAAAGAAAAAGAAAAAAAAAGCUAAGUUAUAAGUGGACUGUCUGGCUGCACUGUGUGUCACUUUUGCUUAUUGUUAUGUGAACUUGGAAACUAAGGUUACGUGUGCAUAAAAGUUCUAAAUGAAUGGGUGUGGUUUCCAUCAAUUUGGUGCUGCCCAUCAUUGCACUGGGGUCCUUGUGGAUGGGCAGGAAGUGCAGUGUGCUGCGUGUUGCUCCUCCCUCUCUGUCUUUUUGAAUCUGAGGUGACAUCUCUCUGGAGGGCCAGACCACUGUUCUGUGGAAGCGGGCAGUGGCAAGGGCAGGUGAGAGUUAUGAGCUAGACAGGGUGAGAUUGUUUUGUUCUUGGCGCUUUGUUUCUGUAGAGCUUGGAGUAGAUGCAGAGGGGCCUGUCUUGUGUCCUGCUCAAUCCAAGCGAGCAGCAUCAGGCCCCUGGCCAUGGGGAUGAGGUGGUUCUACAGGGCCCUGAGACAGUUUUUGACAGCUCUGUUAAUCCUGGCUAGAGCUGGCUCUAGCAAAGCCAAGUCCUUGCCUUCUGGGCUCUUCACAUUUCUCAGUGCUUGUCAGGGCUAGAAGUUUGGACUGCAUCUCUCCUAAGGAAACACCCUAUUUUAUCCAUAGUGAAUGCAGGGCUGAUGGCCAGUGGCUGCCAGGGUCUGCCUGCUGCCUCAGAGCAGAAGGGCUGCUUCUCCCAAGAAGGUACAGAGCUAAGGGGGUUGGAUGAAGUAGCAGGUGGUACCCAGGUCUAGCCAGGCUUUUGUUUAUCCCCUCCCAUCUCCAUCCUCACAUCUCUAGAUUUUGCAUAUAGCCUUGCACAGUGCAAACAAGGAUGUGAUUUCUAAACAAAAAGGAAUAAAAAUGAAAAUGAUAAUCUUCUACUCAGGGUAAAACAAAAAUUCCCCUUCCACCAAAAAGCCUGAAGCUUGCAGUCAGUUACCUCAUUUGGAAUGUUUCAUUAAGUUGUAUUAUAGGAUUUUUUUUUUAAAUUAGUGUAUAGACUUGUGUCCAUCUACCUGCCUUUGGCUCCAGGUUACUGCCUCUUCAAAAAUAAGUACAAUCCAUAGGAAAACGGAAGCUUCUGUCCUUCUGCUGGUUUGGAAAGCUCCAUGGUCCGGCCUGGGGUCUGGAGGUCUCGGCCUCCUUCACGGAGCAAGGUCCAGGGCCCAGACAAGAUGAGAAAGCUGUGUAGGUUGCCCUCCUGGAGCCAGUCAGGAUGGUGUCCUUUCAGAAGGCCCUUGUCUAGAGGCAAGGUAUUCCCAAACAAUUGACCAAGAGAGUCAUGGCAGUGGUAAUGGGAAGAAGUGGGUGCAGCCGACCAGGAAGCUUUGCGUCGGGCCCUUGAUGUUUCUUUCUGACUUCUGAGGAGAGCAGUGAAUGGGACGCCAUGGGGUUCUGGUUCGCUGGGAGCUGACAUAGGAAAGGGGCCCAGGGAAGAUGUGUGGAAGGUUGUAAUGGUUUAAAUAUGGCUUGGUUAGCUCAGGCUGUGCUCUUAAUGGUUUCUUCCUGGGUCACUGGCUUUUCGUUCUCCACAGUUGCAGGUAUGGAAGAAGCAUUUAAGCAUUGUUAAGGCUGACGUGUUUCCAGCUCCAAGAGUUAAGUAUUUGUCUUUGUGGGUGGCUGUAGAACAUAAGAGACUCUCAGCUUCAAAUAGCUUUUGGAAAUUGAGGAAUGUGCUUAAAAACCAGUAGUUGUGCAGGGCCAGGUGUGUUCCGCAGGCUAGCCAGCCUUCCCUGCUGGGCCGUGUCAGCUCUCCUCCCAGCCUCCUCCCAGAAGCCCAGCCUCUAAGGCCAAGGACCCUGGCAAAACUAGAGCCAGAAAGACCCUUCCUGGAGAGUGGUUUCUCAGGGGAAUGAACUUAGGGUAAAGCUAAGCACAGUGGAUUCUGGCAGGUGGAUGUAAGCCUUUUCUCCCUCCCAUGGCAGCCUUCACCAUUGUCACCCUGUAGAGCACACCUGGGCUACCACUAGCAUCUCAGUUUAGACCCUUCCAAGACACUAGUCCACAAGGGUGGAGGGUGGACCUGGUGGAUUUAAGAGGUAGUUAGGUAAUCUUGGUCCCACCAAACUGCCUUAUAAAUGUGGUCCUUCCCAGACAGGAGGGCAAAGCUGAGCAAAGGUGGCUCAGUCUCCUCGACAGGGUCUGGGCAGCACUAGUUUGGUGACUGGAGUCGUGCCAUUAUUGACUUACUCAAGUUUAGAAGAUCACCGGUACAGCGCUAAGGAGAGGCCUUGAGAUGUGGGACCUCUCUAGGGAGAAGGCGAGGGGACUUCCUUUUGCUUCCAGAGAGUCAAUACAUGGGAAAAGGUGGUUUUUCCAAGUCAGGGCAGUGGACCGAUGGGGUAAUGGAGGUAGAUGAGGCUUUGUAUGAUGCUGAAUGUGUCCAGAGGGACAAAUUUGCAGAACCUCAUAUUGGUAUAUUAAAGAAAUAAUAAAAUAAAAAGCACUUUAGGUUACUUUAUCUUUAACCCAAUUGCUGCAAUUUCUGUUGUGUAUGUGUGUGUGUGUGUAUACACACACACUUUCCACAAAGUUUUAUUUUUUGCUCCUAUUAAAAAGUUGAGGUGUGAAAAGAAAAGCACUUAUUUCAGUGCAAUACAUGCGUAGCUUGACAGUUGUUCUCCCAUGUGGCCCUGGCCCAGCCUGUUUUCCGUCAGCCCUGUGCUGAAGCUGUCCAUAGGGAAACACUUCUGCAUCUCAGCAGCUGCUCAAUCUAUGCAAGUCUUCCCUGUGAGUCCCAGGCGCCCCCCUCAGGCCCUCCGCGGAACUGCUGCAGCUGUUUUCUUCUGACUGUUGAGCCCCCUUUCUGCCACUUCUUGGUUCCCCUGCUAUCCUUCCCCUCUUCACCAUGACAAAAUGAUUCCUGGAAGGGCAGGUUGUUCCCUGUCCUUCUAGACUUCUGCACCUUCUAGACUUUCAUAUCUGUAAUCACAUCCACUAAAGGUAACGGCUUCUCCAGUGUCACUGAAACUCCUGAUUGUGGAACUGCACCGCUAUUGCUCGUUUACAGCUUUCUUUUCUACACCCCCAAUCAGAAAUAUGUUGGAAGAAAGGAAUGGGCAAUACAAGCCAUUUCUGUACUGUCCUCUGCACUACCUGAGUUGGCUCAAAGCAGACUACGGGCUUCCUCAAAUCCCGUCAUAAAGCCGCUAAUAAUCUCCCUCCCGGGCUCCCACCUCAUCUUAAAAACCCUUCAGCCAGAGCAAUUUUUCCACGCAGUCUGCAAGCGGUUCUGCUGUGACAUAGCUGGGAAACCGUCCACCUCCUAUUUGGGGUGGAAGACGUUCAACCGCAAAGCCAGAUAAUACAUAUUUCUGAUUGGUCAAUCUGUUUGGCCUGUUUCUGGAAUAUUUUUGGGGCAAAGAUAAAAGGGUCUCAUUUCUUAUGCCCCAGUUCUUGGGAGGCUGAUCAUUAGCCUGGGCAUUUCUCACUGUUACUCCUGGUGGUGAGAGGGCUUCUCGGUCUGCACUGAAAAUGCAAGUUAUUGCAUCUGUCAAGGGAUAUUAUAGUACAAGUGGGGUUUAAAAACCAUGCAUUGUUCCUCUGGUGGUGGCCUACUGGGCCAAAAACAAGUGAUAAUGUCACGUCACUUUCUCAACAAUGCAGUUUCUACUUUUUUUACAGGAAAUUUUUUCGUAAAACUUUUUUCCACCAAAACCUAGGGUGUUUUUGCAAUAUCCUCAUUGCCCUCGUGGUGCCAAGUCAGAGGCUCGUCUGUCCUGGCCUCGUGUGUUCUCAGGCCUCCCAAGGGCUGUUAGAUUCAACAGUCUGCAUCUUUUGUUGUGCUUUGGAGAAAAUGUCACUGAGGUUGGAGUUCCAGGCAACUAUUCCCUUUUCCUGUGAACUUUUAGUUCCAGUUUGGGGAAGGUGGUUGAAAACAGGCUUUUCUGGCUCAGACCUAGCCCAAAAAGGCCACAAAUUCUCUUUUCUAACACACACUAAAUCAUUGGCCAGUGGUCUUGGUGACAAGUUUUUAAGUCCCAAAUAGUUUUAUUUGGAUUAUGUAAAAGUAUCAAAUUUAUUUUAAAUGUAAAACAUGGGAACAAUGGACUUCCACUGAGCGAUAUGAAAACGUUACAGGUUCAGUACUUCCAAAGGAAGAAACUUCCAAACCCAAAAAAGAAAUACGAAUUUGUAUUUUUGAAGAAUGUGAAAUAAUGGUGUUUGCUUAAUUGCUCAUUUUGUAUAAACUUAAUAUUGUACUUUAAAAUAUCUGCUAUGAAGUGAAAAUUUAACUUUUUGGAAUUGAAAAAGCAAUAUUAAAUACUAAUGAAAUCUUAAUUAAAUGCUUAUUUAAAUCUGGUA